AGACACAAACUCUCUCUCAAUGAUAUAUACCAAAUGCAUCAAAACACAGCUGUCACACAAGAACCGGCCUAGGGAGAAUCACAUCAAAAUCUCUUAUAAUGGAGGUUUUACCCACAUAUAUGGAUGUGGAACAUAGCCGAGCCUAUAUCGACCAACUGUAUUCUAAUGAUCCUCAAAAAUGCUUCCAAGCAGUUAGUGAAUUAAAGUUUGCAGUUAUUGGUAGUGUAAGGGAGAAGGGUUCUAUAAUUGAGCAGGGAGUUGUAGUGCGAUUACUUCAGAUUCUUCGUGCACAAGAGUUUGAUCUGAUUCUUAAAACAGAAGUAGCAACUGUACUGAAUUCACUUGCAAAAGGUCUACCAGAGCAUGCAGCAGCAUUAGUGCAAGCAGGGCUUCUACCUGUUUUGUGGGAACAACUUGAAGCAUGUGGUGGAGGAGGGGGAGCCAACGCAUAUACAUCAAUGGUUCUCUGUUGCCUUCGAUCAGUCUAUCGGCAGGGUUGUGCACCCCCACCUCCUGCCUGGGACCACAAACUCCUAACAACUCUUAUACAACAUGGCUAUCAUCCUCCUAGCAACCAGGAAUGUGUUGCCAACAUCCUUGCUCAUGCAUGCAAGGUAUCCAGGAUCUUGUAGCCUGUAUGUUGUGUUCACCUGUGUCCAGAGUUCAGCUUCCUGCAUUACACUGUUUGGCAGCCAUGUGUUACAACAAUGAGAGAGUUUCAUCUAUCAUAGCUACUAAGAGUUACGGUGGUAAAGCUGUGCCAGACUUGCUUGUGGGUUUAAUGGCAAGAGAUCGGCCUUGUGAUAUGCAGCUUGCUGCAGCUACUGCGCUAACAUUCCUGCAUCGAGCAGGGGCACUGUCAGCUGAUGAUCCAAAAGUCAUAUUUAAGACUUUACAAUGCUUGGUUCGGAUGUGUCGUCGAGAUAGGGAAAUAUGGGAACGUGUUGAAGCAGCUAACACGUUAGCUUAUCUGACUGAAGUAAGUACAGAACUACAGAGGACAGCAGCCAUGACAGACCACUUAAUUCAUAUAAUGAAUGAUUACCUCAAAGACACACCCACUGCUGGAGCUUCAGCACCACAGGGAAUUAGUGUUUCUCCAAUUUCUUGUCGACAGUAUGAUAAUCCAAGUACAUGGCCUGAUCUGAUGCUAGAAGCUGCCCUGAAGGUUUAUGCAUCUUUGGGGGCAAAUGAUGAAGAUAUUCGCCAAAGAGUAAUAAAUACAGAGGGCCUGAUGAACACAAUUGUCGGUGCCUUGUCUGCAGCCUGUCCACCAAUCCAGUUAGCCGCUGUUAGGUGUCUUCAUUCUCUUUCAAGAUCUGUGCACACACUCAGGACAACUUUUCAGGAUCAUAUGGUCUGGAGACCUCUUAUGACAGUUUUAAAGACCUCCAACUCUGAGGAACUAGUUACAGUAGCUUCUUCGACACUCUGUAACCUCUUGCUUGAAUUUUCACCAUCCAAGGAACACAUCCUUGACCAAGGUGCAGUUGAAUUUCUUUGUGGACUAACAAGACGACCUCACCCAGGUUUAAGACUUAAUGCUGUCUGGGCACUAAUGAACAUGGCUUUCCAAGCAGAGCACAGAGUGAAGGCUUCCAUCCUGCACCACUUAGGAACUGAUCAAAUAUUCCGACUACUGUCGGACACAGAUGUUCACAUCCUCAUGAAAACUUUAGGUCUGCUGAGAAACCUUCUGUCAACAAAGGCCCAUAUUGACCAGAUUAUGCAAAGCCAUGGAAAGGAAAUUAUGCAGGCAAUCAUCUUAAUCUUAGAAGGAGAACACUCAGCUGAGGUGAAGGAGCAAGCACUCUGCAUUUUGGCUAAUAUUGCCGAUGGAGACAUGGCUAAGUCUGCCAUUAUGUCAAAUGAAGAUGUGCUCAAGAAUAUCUCAGGUUAUGCAAUGUAAAUCUGUUUUCAGGUUAUACCAAAUGUAAAACUACAGAUAGCAGCAACCUUCUGCAUAAGCAACCUUAUUUGGAAUGUCGAGGAGGGAGCUGCUGAGAGACAAAACAAACUUCGUGAAAUGGGAGUAUACAAACUAUUACAAAAUCUAAUGACUACAACUGAUACUGGAUUAUUUGACAAGGUGAAGACGGCAUUGCAGCAGUUCCUCUAGCAUUGAGGUAUAACUGGUAGACAAUUAGGUUUUGAUAUUAUGUAAAUUUCAUAUUGUACCCCAUACUACUGGGUUAUUUACUAGGUUGUCAGAUGUGUAUGUUGAGUAUCAAGCUAAUCAAGGUGGCCAUAGAUGAAAUAAAUUAUUAUAUCCUUUAUAUGUAGAUAACUUGAUUUAUGGUACAGUUGAUUAGUUCAACUAAAAGGCUUUAUUGUUUGUUUAGAUGCUCAUGCUUUAUGUAAACAUGUAUAUAGUUAUUAAAGUUAAGGAGAAAAAAGUGAUACAUAUUUAAGAGAAGGGAUUAUUACCUUUAUUUUUGUGAAUAUAUGUGAGUGUUCGUAAUGAUUUGUAAGCAAUAUAUAUAUAUAUUUAAUGUAGCUUACUCAAAAUUUGAUUUGUUGAUAAUAAGCCUUGCUUGCUUUGUUUAUGAAGUGCUCAAAGAUAGAAGGGGGGGAGGGGGAGAAGAGGGAAGCCAUCCAUGACUGAGCUAUGGUUUGACAUUUGUUAAGAGGGAUUUUAUGUUGAAGGAAUGUUGAAGAAUACUGUUACUUGGUAUGUUUUUCUCUGGAAAAUUAAGGAGUAGGUUUCUCACUACUACAUAAGUAUUAAUAUGAGAUUGUGUGAACCAAAUUGUUAAAAAAUAUUAUGCUGAGCAAUAUUUACAAAUUCAGGUGAAAUAGUGUGAACUUGGCAAAAUUACAGUUCUUUUUGUUGUGGAAUACACAACAUUAGUUCUAUGGAAAGGUGACUCUGUAAAUUAAGAUGUAUCUUAAGUAUGCAGAAUAGAAGUACAACAAGAAAACACAUUUUUAAAAUUGGCCUAAGGAAAUGGAGUAAGGCUUGCUUUUAUUAUUUUUAAUGGAAGGUGAAGUGAGAAAUUGGACAGUCAAGCAAAGAGUUCACUUCAUUAUGAUGUUAAUCUUUUAUCAUUCUUACUUGUUUAUUGUUGUUAUCAUCUUCAUCUAAUUAAUGUCCAUUGUUCUGUUUUAUCAGUCACAUCAUUAUUCUGAUUUUUUAAGAAUUAUUAUUUGCCUUCUAUAUAUUUUUUUUAUUGUUUACAUUUCAUGUCAGAAUUUUCUGUUUGCCUAAGCAUGCUAUAAAAGUAUGAAUUUGAACAAAUUAUUUCUUUUUAUUGCUGCCCUUUUGAAUCUGAUGAAUGUAAUUGACUUGUAGAUUUCAGGCAAGGAAUUUAAUUAAUUUCAUACUUAGGUUAGUAUAGAAUAUUACCACAGUGUUUACCAUGGUAAAAACUAACUGGAACCAAAAAUGUAUGUAUCAAGGUAGAUGGCAAUUAAAGUAUCAUUUCUCUCACUGUGAACCAUUUGCUAUGAAUAAAAAAACAGAUUAUUCUUUCUAAAGUGUCAUUUUUGUGCAGAAAGCUAGUUAAAUUUUGUAUUUUCAUCCCUUAAUUUUUUCUCAGCAGCCUUUGAAUUUCAAAGGCGUAGGUGUUCACUGUAAAGGAUAUUGCAGACUAUAUGUAUACUGUAAGUUUCCUAUAUCUAUAUGAAUUCUAAUUGUUUGAUAGGUGGGUUUUCACUUGUCACAUUCAGUUAAUGUCCUUUUUUCAUUAUAAAUUGCUUCCUUAUUUCAUGAUAACACAAGCCUACAAUGUAUGAAAGAUGUGAUUAUUGUCUCUAUAUCUUAGUUUGAAGAAAGUGAAUGCUAUGGACGGGUAAAAAGGUAUGCCAGACUACAUUGGCAGUUCUGGUCAUUAAGGUUAUAAGGUAUACUGGAAAGUUCUUUUGAAUUGAAAUAUAUUCAGUACCAUAACUAUAAUAAUUGACUUAAUUAAACUUUAUAUGUUUAACAUUAAACAGUAUUCUUCAUUAACAUGAUUAGGUCAGACCCUUGUUUUUUUAAUUCUGUAAAACAUUUUUUAAAUGGUUUAUUAAAUACCCUUGGCAAAAGAUUACUUUUUGAUAGCUGUAUGUGUUGACUGAAUUAACAUACGUUUUUUCUUUAAUUUCUUCUAAAAAUGGUUCUUCAACAUUUAGGCAUCUAUGAAGAUUGCAUUAGCCUGGAAAGUACAAACUUGUGGAAAAAUUGUGUUUGUGUUAUGGUUGACCUAAAAAUCAAGAAUUGCCAAAUUAAGUAUUGUUAAGAUUACAUAAGAAAUAUCAGAAAAGAUUUCAUAUUCAAAUUCAUAUUUUACAAAAGUGGGAUUUAUUAAAAGACAUAGGAACAGUGCUGAUGAGUAUGUUGAGUAUUCACAUACAGUUAGCAGGAAAGCAUUAUGAUUUUUGAAAAUGGAAGGGAAUUUACAGCAUGUUAGCUAUAGUUACGAAUUUGAAUAUUACGAAUAAAAGGAUAUUUUUUUCUGCAGCUAUGUUUCAUUUUAGGUAUUUACAAACAUCUGCAGAUGUUAAUAUCUUCCUUAUAUAUUAAUAGUUGGUAUGUUUAAUCCAGUGGUAAGCUAUCUUGUCUUUGAUAUAAUUUUGAAGAUAAAGAGGUGCUAAGUAAAAGGGAAGGCAAGCCAAACAAAAUGAUUUUUGAGAAUGAACUAGUUAGCAAGAUUUAUAGAUUGAUGAAAAUUAGUUUGCUGGGAUUGGAAGGUCAGUUCACUAAUAAAGCAGAAAUAGCAGACACCAGUGUUGAUAUGCUGAUUCUAGCAUAAGGAUGUAUUUAUAUAUUUAUGAAUAUCUAUGAAUAAUCAGUGUUAUUUCUGCCUACUAAUGGCUACCAAUGUUUGGACACUAUAUCCACAUCCUUGUAUUCUGUAAGAUAGAUCAGCAACUAUGUUCAGUAGGGUUGUUAUAGAUUUACAAAAUUGCGAAAAACAAGUUAAUGAUAGCAGCAUUGUUAAAAUUUGCAACAUAGAGCUUGCCAGUGUAGUGUGUUUCUGGUAAAACUGUCAAGCAUAAUUCCAUGGCAUAAAAUAAACCUUUUUUUCUGCAUGAGGUAUUUCCUGGUGUAGGUUUUAUUUUCUUCUAGAUUAUUUGAUAUGGAGAAAUGAUUCGGUUAUUUGAUUAUUUUUAUUCAGUUUCGUGUAGUAGAUGGAAGUGAUAAGCUUUGCCUGCCUAUUGAAACUAAGAUACUGAACAUGGAAACAUUUGUCAUGUAAAUUUAACAUUUUAUUAAAUGUAUUUAGUUCAAUAUAUUAGUGUACUGAAUAUGUUCCUGUUAACUGUAAUCUACACUGGGUCAGCAGAGUCAGACUGUAAUUGGUAUGCAAUAAUAAUUUUAAGGUAACAGUUUUUCAUACUGCCAGUGUCUAGCUGAUUAAAAGUUCUUGCAGGAAACUUACCUGUAUAACAAAUGUUCCCAAUUACAGGUUUAUAGCUGUUUCAAAUGCAUAAAGACCCAUUUUAUAUAAACUGCCCUGUGUAAUUAUAAUUCAUCUUUGUUUACCUUUACUGUAAAUCUAUGUUUAUAUUUGGAGUUCAUAAUUUCAAGUAGGAUAUUAUUGAUACAUUGCCAUCAAAUGCAGUUUUCAGGCAUUAGCCUUGCUCUGAUCAAGCUCAGGGUAGCCCGUGUGUAGACUGUGGCUGUACGAGUAUGCAGUAACUUGUUCUCAGUUCAGAAAUAAGGUAAUAUAUGUAGAUACUGUUCUCAUUUUUACUAUAGAAUAAUAAAGGGGCAGAUACAUGUAGAACAAUGGAAACUGAAAAUAAAUAUUGUAGGUCAUCCAGCUGAAUAGGAGUGAUAAGAUUGGGUUAGCAUUUUAUGAUGCAGUUCAGAAUUCGAAAUUAUGAAGGAAUGAUAGCGUCUGUAUAUAUAUUAAUCUAGGUAUGACAUACUAAUGGUGAUAUUUUUAUUAUGAUUGUUUUACCAUUUUGAAAGGCCGCUUUUUUCAUUUCGACAAAGGUUAAGAAAAUGGAAAUGAAACUUAAUUAUUGUUAUCUUUGUGAAAAUAUUCUUUUGUAUGUUGCAUAAUGUAAAAUUAACAAUGCAAGGAAACCUCUGAAAAAGAUGGCUAGAAGGGAUUUCUACAGAACUGUAGUGAGUCUAUACAGUGGAAAAAGGUGUUAUAGUUUGGAAUACAUUUUACACAAGGUAAAGGUAUUAUCCUCAAACUGCACCUCAUUUAUUGUGAGUCAAUCUAUUUAUUAUGUAUUUAAACAUGUUGUCAGGUUAGAAAAGAGGAUUUGCAAUCUAUGACUUUGUAUCCAAACUAUGUUUUUGGAAUAUCUAAGAAAACAUUUAUGUAUUU